GCGGUGGUUUCCAUCGUGGUCACGUAAGGGUUCAGGGACUUCGAGUUCGACAAGUUUACCUGGAGAGUAUGCCUCGAAUCGGGGCGGCGGACGUUGAUUUCGAUGCCUUCCGAUCCGCCUGCCCGUUCCGCGUUUUUGGAUUGUCGAUCCGAUUUUUCGAUUCGACCUUGGGGCAACACGCCCUCGGACGUGCCGAAAGACCUUCUGGGCUGGGUCCUCGGCGGUCACUCACGGACGCACGGACCGGUUACAGGAAGUGCACGCGCGCGCACGCGCGGGCAGAUCCUGCGGCUGCGUUCGGCAGCACCGAGUCGCGCCGACGCGGCGGCGACCCCGGCCGCGGGCGGUCAGGGUGGAACGCCGCCAGUGGCCUGGCA